AAAUCUGCUUACUGCUGCAGGAUCGUCCGGGAAUGAAAUUUUUUCAUUCAAACUGUGAACCAUUUUCUGAAAGUCGUUUUCCAUGAAAUUAUCUUUCCUACCCCGCCCUUGGACCCAGAGCAAAGCCAAAAAACCAGCUGUCCCUGUCACUUUCUUCCUUCCCUUCGCUCAAAGGACCAAGUUGCAUGUUCAAUCUCUCGGUUUCUCGCCUUUAAAGCGCCGGUUUCAGUUCUCAUCUCGCUGCACCUCUGCCAUCAGAAAAGCAGUCGCACAGAAGGAAAUUCACACUGACGAAGGUGGCUGUGUGAGCACUGUCAACGGACAGGAAAAUGCCGACAGCAGAGGAUUCAACGCAAUAAAAUUUCCUUGCCCGGCACAAUGAGCGAUAUUUGGAAUAAGCUGUCAGUUGGAACCGUGUGCGUGACCGCCGGUUUAACGGGUCUUUUAAGUUUUGUGUUUCUGGCGGUAGCGAUUGGUACGGAUUAUUGGUACAUCAUCGACGUCUCAAACUCCAGAUAUUACCAUGGGGAGCAUUGGGAGGAUUUAAAUUCCCAUUCUGGACUCUGGAGGAUUUGCGAAGUGAUGCAGAAAGUGUUUGUCAUUUUGCUCCCUCUCAGUCUGGUCCUUCUGGUGCUUGGAGGUAUCUGUGGACUGGUCAGCUCUUUGGCUAAUGGUCUCUACAUGCUGCUGUUCACUGGUUCAUACUUCCUACUUGGAGGUGCAUUGACCCUGGCUGGGAUCUCAGUGUAUGUCGCUUAUUCGAAAGCGGCUUUCGCCAUUGCGAUGCGUUUGUACGGACACGAGUUGUUCAACAACGUUUACGUUGGUUUCAGUUGGUCCAUGGGUUUGGCCUGCCUUUCUUGUGUCUUGGAGGUCAUUGCUGGGUCUUUAUUUCUUCUGGCUGCCAAGCUCACAGCUGUACAGCAUCUAGAGCAGUCAGCAACUAUAUGAGCACUUUGGUCAUGUAGAAUUGUGUUGCAUUUUAUUGUGGUUUAGUUCUCUGCCAAGUUCUGUAAUAAGCUAAAAUAUGAAAUGUGUUGUGAACAGUGGAGAUAUCUGUGAAUGCCUGUCUACCAGUUUGAGAUAUAUUCUCCUCUGGGUGUUAAAUGUAAUGAAAAACCAGACAUGAGUAGAUGGCAGCAAAAUGAUGAGAAAGCGUAAUAUACUUGUUAGGGGCAAAUUAGAUGUUAAUUCGAUGUUCACACAGCUAUGUGGAGGGAAGAGAGGGAAAUAAAAAUGGUGCUCUGAACGCAUAAUCCAGCCAAUGGAUUAAUUGUACAAAGGAUGGGGCAUUAAGAACAUAGGUACAGCAAGCAUUCCCAGCAGGAUGAGGGGAAUGUGGAGACUGAGGACAGAGUGUGUAAGCAACACCUGGACAUGUGUGGUAUUGACACAAUAGUACUGUGAUCUCAUUGAAAUGUGUUAUUUAAGCCUGAGCUGUGAAGAGAUUUUCAUCUUCCUUGUAAUACUGCUAAAUAUCAACUGUCCAGCCCCAGGCCAUCCAGUGCCCAAAGGGGUCAUCUCAUGAGUCAGCCACUCAAAUAUUGAAGAGUUUGCUGAACACUGCUUCAAUAGGUACUCAUCCAAGUAAACCUCAGAAGUAAACACUAGCUGUAUCAGCAGCAAAUUAAAUUGAACUUUCUCCCAAAUUGAUAUUUUUCCCCAAGGAACAUAGCAUUCCUGACUCAGGCAAAAAGUCAAAGGAACAUAAGAGUUGGACAGCACGGAAACAGGCCCUUCAGUCCAACCAGUCCAGGCCGACCUAAUCCCAAACUAAACUAUAGUCCCGUGUGCCUGCAUAUGGCCCACAGCCCUCCAAACCUUUCCUAUUCAUGCACUAAUCUAAGUGUCUUUAAAACAUUGUAACUGUGUCCGCAUCCACCACUUUCUCUGCAAGUUCAUUCCACACACGCACCACUCUCCU